UUGAAAUAAAUUUAUUUUAACUUUAAUUAAAAUAUAAAACGUUAUCUGAAAAUCAAACCUAAAAAUCGGCGGCUGAUCUGACAGACAUUGAACCCAUACAUACAAACUAAUUGAUCAAAUGGGUGGCGAAGACAAGAAAGAUGAGACCAUUAAUUUGGAUCCCAAAACUGAAGCCGUCUUCAAGAAGAAAGGUUAUGAGUUGCAGAAGAAGUUGGCUGAGGGAGCCUUCGGGCAGGUUUACAAAGCAAAGAAUACAAAGACUGGCGAUAAAGUGGCCGUAAAAGUGAUGAAUUUGGACAAAGUAGGAGAAAAAUUCAAAGAGAAAUUUCUGCCGCGAGAGAUGGCCGCUCUGAUUGGUGUUAAACACGAAAACACGUGUGAAUUAUAUGAUAUCAUUAAAGCUAAUCAUCGGUUAUACAUAUUUAUGGAGUUCUGCGGCGGCGGUGAUAUCAGCGGUUACGUCCAAAAGAACGGAGCGCUCAGUGAGGAAAAGACCUGCUUCUGGUUCACCCAAACGGCUCAGGCAUUGUCUUUCAUGCACCAAAAUCUUCAUAUGGCGCACCGGGACAUCAAAAUCGAUAACAUUCUUCUCACUGAAAAUCAAAUGGCAAAACUGACUGAUUUUGGAUUCGCUAAGAUUUGUUGGGACGAAAAAAAGGAUAAAAUGGAACUCUCAAAGACCUACUGCGGUACCGAACCCUACGAAUGUCCACAAAUUGUGGCCAGAGUUCCAUACAAUGCGUUUGCCGCCGACGUCUGGGCAAUGGGUGUCGUCCUCUUCUGUAUGCUUCAGAACAAAUUCCCUUUCCAUUGGAACGACAAGAAAAAGUUUAUCAAAGAACAAAAGGACAAGAAGUAUAUCGAGGAACGAUUGGGAACCAAAUUGAGUCAAGACUGUCGAGAUUUACAUAUCCAGUGCUGGACUGAAGAUGAAGGCAAACGCAUCACUAGUCAAGACUUAUUGAACCAUCCGUGGAUUACACGCAAAGGCAAAUAGUCAUACAAUUUAUAUAUUGGACUCACAUUUGCUGUUGACUUAUGACAACAAAUCUUGUAAAAUAUCUUCUAAUUCAUAGCCAUUUGUUUGAAAUUUUGAAAA